CAGAUCGUCUGUUACCAACCACUCCGUGACUCGACCAGCGCACUUGCGACCUUCAUCCACUGCUCCACAGCAAAACACCAAGUUGAAUAGCCGAUACUUCUGCAUUAUGAGCUAUGGCUAGGCUGAACGAACCCCCAGUGUCUACGGACAGCCUCGAAACGCUCCGCAAGAAGCUACUACGCCAAAACCGAGAUCUUGCCAAAUCAAACAACGUGCGAGCGCUCCGAAUCCGUGAGCUUGAGAAUGAUUGUGCCUGCAUGCUCUCUGAGAACCUCGAACUGCGCAGUCGCAUACUCGAACUCGAGAGAGAGCUCGAGGAUAACGACACGCGCAGAAUUGCCGACCAUGCGUUGGCAAUCAAGGAGAAGCUGGAGUCGCAGCUGACGGAAUGGGGCAGUCUCCUUGCCGGCCUCGGUCUGGAGCCGCCUAUGAAGCGACACUCUCCCCAAGUUCGGAGGACAACGAAGCCCAGAUUGAGCUUUAGCUCGGCUCGACCCAGUCCUUCUCAGAGACGAUUGCGAGAUAUUGCCCGAGACAUUGAAGAAUUGGGACAUAUCUCAGAGACCAAGUCUCACCCAAGGAUGUCGAUGAACCCCGAACAGAUUUUGGCUCUUCGAUCCGAGGCAGAUUCCGCCGACUCUCCAGAGCUUGGCCCGCCUCCCAUGUCUCAAUUCAUCGAUGAAGACCCCGUUAAAGUCGAUUCCCCCAGUCGACUCAAUCUCGCGCCGCCCCAAGAGAGUCCCAAGGCCAAGAUGGAGCCACCAGUCACCUUUGAGUCUCCCUGCAGCAUCAAGAUGGUGGAAAGAUCCCCCUCACCUUUGAAGAAGAUGGAACUCCCAGCGCCGUCCCAGGAGACCAAGCCAGAACAGCCUGCCCUCCCGGAUAUCCCAGCACCCCAACCUGCAAAGGCCGGUUCGAAACGAAAGCUUGCCGCUAGAGACGACAUGGUAACCGCCAAGCCGCCCAGAGCCAACAACGAAAACGAGCCGCCCAGAACUUUGGCCGACAAACCAUCGAUCCGGGAGAAGGCUGGAGGCAGGACCUUGAAGGAACUUGCCAGCAUGAGAAAGGACGCCCGCGGGAAAACAACCACGGCCACUACCGCGAGGAAACCCCUUGCCGCGAAGAGCACCAACAACGACAUCACUUCUCCCAAAAAGACUUCAAAGUCAGUGGUCACUGAUGAGGUUGCGGCAGCCAAGGCCGAUCUCGUCAAGUCCAAGGUGUCUCUGGAGCGACCCAAGUCCAAGGCCGCGCAUCCAGCUCCCGUUACCAUUGAGACCGUUAUCAACCCCCAACCCACCGCACCCGAAGUGGCGAUUGUGCCGUGCGACCUGGGAGCUCCUGUUGUAGAGCUCGCCCUCCUCUCGCCGAGUUCCCCCGAGACAGUGACCACCGAUGAAGGCCCCCGUGGAGCCACGCCACCGCCUGCGGACAUCAAUUCCAACCGAGAGCCACCCAGACCGAGCCGAAGAAGUAGAGCAGCUGUUAGCUACGCGGAACCAAAUCUCCGAGACAAGAUGCGAAGACCAACCAAGGAACUAUACGAUGCUGUGGCAGGAGAUGGAAAAUAUGCGCGACGAUGCAGUCAAGUCGAGCCGAAUGCCCCUGAUUCCGUCAAGAUAAAGCGGGAGAUUGAUCUCGAGGCAUCCUGGAGGAAGUUGCCUCCUGCUCCCACACAACUAAACGAUCAGCCGCAUGAUAAUGUCCCAGCGAGCCCUUUGACUGGAAAGGGAUUGUCGCCUCUGGAACUUCCCCGAUCUGCUGCUAGAGAAAAGGCCCGGCAGACGUCGAUGCUUGUCACGGAGACGGUCAUAGACCAUAAUGACGACAAGGAGGUGGGAAAUGAGAAGAGGAACGAAGCAGCCAACCCCGAUUCUUCCAAUGCGAGUGAGGUCGAUAUCUACGAGUUUACACCCUCUUCGCCCCAGCCGGAGAAGCAAGCAGUCCCAGAAGCGAGGAAGAAGGCAGGUGGUCGAAGGGUCUCCAGGAGAGUUUCGUCUGCGGUUACCAACGAAGAUGGCCUCGCGGCCGACGAUCGAGCCUCGUCGAGGCGGCGGAGUAUGAUGCUGUAAUGACACACGAUGGCGAAAGCGGAAUUGCAUAGAGCACUGGGCGUUUUUCGGGAGUGUGGUGCCUUAUUAACGCUGAUAAGACUUCUUAUGGCGAUCAUUCAGACUGGUUCAAUGCCCAAGAUACCAAAGCGACGGAAC